AUUGAUCGGCGGCUAGACUCAGCUGUUUUACAGACGUUCGGCGCAGAACUCUGAAAGUAAGCUAAAAAAAAAUAUUUGUUUGGCGGAAAUAUUUUAAAUUUUGUGCAAAAUUAGCGCUAUAAUCCUGUGUAAAUAUAAAUGCUUAAGAUAUUAAAAUGCUGCAAUUUCUAUUUGCCAAAAAGACACUUUGCUAAAAAGGAAAUUAACAUUGAAAUGAAAUACCUAAAUGUGGCGGAGAAAAACGAUGCUGCUAAGACAAUUGCUGGUCAAUUGUCCAAUGGAACGGCUAGAAGACGUGAAGGCCUCUCGGUGUAUAACAAAAUUUAUGAAUUUGAAGCAACAGUGCUGGGUAAAAAAAGUAAAAUGGUCAUGACCUCGGUGUCUGGUCAUUUGUUGACAUUCGAAUUUCUGAGCUCUUAUCGUAAUUGGAAUAAUGUCGAUCCUCAGAGUCUGUUCGAUGCACCCGUACGCAAAGCUUGUAGUGAAAAUUUUGCAGCAAUUAAGCGCACUCUGGAACGUGAAGUACGCAGUUGUCAAGGUUUAAUUGUAUGGACAGAUUGUGAUCGUGAAGGCGAGAAUAUUGGCUUUGAGAUUAUAGAUGUAUGCCGUGCCAUAAAACCUAAUAUACCAGUAUAUAGAGCGAUUUUCUCAGAAAUUACUGGGACGUCGGUUAAAAGAGCCUUACUUAAUCUAACACAGCCGGAUAAACGACAAAGUGAUGCCGUAGAUGUGCGUUCGGAAUUGGAUUUAAGGACUGGUGCAGCUAUAACGCGUUUACAAACGAUGCGUUUACAAAGAUUAUUUCCAGAGAAAAUUUCCAAUAAAUUGAUUUCCUAUGGCAGUUGCCAAAUACCCACAUUGGGUUUUGUUGCAGAACGCUACAAGGAAAUUGAAGCAUUUGUUUCGGAGCCGUUUUGGAAGAUUAAAGUUAUUCAUACUAUUGAGGAUUUAACGGUUGAAUUUCUUUGGGCUCGCAAUCGACUCUUCGACAAACAAGCCUGUGAAGACUAUUAUCUUCUUGUUAUAGCAAAUCCCAUAGCCAACGUGGAAAGUGUUACGGUGAAGCCUAAAAGCAAAUGGCGGCCCACACCUUUGGACACGGUGGAAUUGGAAAAGUUAGGUUCACGCAAAUUGAAAUUAUCCGCCAAAGAAGUUAUGACUAUAGCCGAAAAAUUGUAUACCAAGGGUAUUAUAAGCUAUCCGCGCACGGAAACAAAUAUGUUUUCUAAGGAAAUUGAUUUAAAAUCCCUUGUUGAACAACACACGGGUCAUGGAGUUUGGGGUUCAUUUGCUCAACGUGUGGCCGAAUGGGGUCCAAAUCCUAGAAAUGGCAAUAAAUCCGAUCAGGCGCAUCCUCCGAUACAUCCCACCAAAAUGGUGCCUAAUUUAGAUGGCAACGAGGGUCGUGUUUAUGAAUUAAUUUGUCGUCAUUUCUUGGCCUGCGUUAGCAAAGAUGCAGUUGGCUCCGAGACAAUUGUGACAAUAACAAUCGAAGGCGAAAAAUUCUCCGCUACGGGUUUGGUGAUUUAUGAACGCAACUACCUAGACGUUUAUAUCUACGAUAAAUGGAAUGCCAAACAAAUUCAUAAAUACGAACAGGGCCAACGAUUUGAACCGACAGAAAUAACAAUGCCUGAAGGAAAUACCACCGCACCGCCAUUAUUAACCGAAGCUGAUUUAAUAGGACUCAUGGAAAAACAUGGUAUUGGUACAGAUGCUACUCAUGCGGAACACAUUAACACCAUUAAAGAAAGAGGCUAUAUAGGUGUGGUGGACAAGGGCGGCCUAGUGCCAGGUGUUAUAGGCAUGGGCCUAUACGAGGGUUACGAUGCUAUGGAAUUGACCUUGGCUAAGCCCAAGUUAAGAGCUGAAUUCGAGCAAGAUCUAAAAAGAAUUUGUUUGGGUGAAAAGGAGCCCAAGUCCGUAUUGCGUGAACAAAUUUUAAAAUAUAAAGAAGCAUACAGCCAAAUUAUGGAUAAAAUUAGCUCUUUGGAUGAAAAAAUGUCCCAACGUAUAAUAGAGACACCAGCCCAGCAAAACAACUCCUCUAAUAGCACUAAUAACACUUCAAAUGGCCGCCAUGGUGCUGCAGAAAAUCAGAAUCGUUUGCAGGAACUAUUCAAAUGCCCCAAAUGUUCAAUAGCCCCAAUGGCUUUAAAAUCCAAAAAGAAUCAAACCGGGUUUCUUAUAGGUUGUCUAAAUUUCCCCGAUUGCAAAAAUUGCAUUUGGUGGCCGGAUGAAUGUAAAGAGCCCAAUGUUUUAGAUGAAACCUGCAAUAGAUGUGGUACGGAGAUGAAAUUGAUAAAAUUUAAAUUCUCAAAUCCCUAUCACAAGGCCAUGUUUAAUGCUCCCUCCGGUUGGUAUAAAAUCUGUCUGCGCUGUGAUGAACAAUUUCGUAAUAUAUUCAAUAUAAAUCUGGACAGUGUUAAGAGGGUUGGUGCCAUUGUCGCCGACAUUUCAUCCAUACCCAUUAAUUAUGGUAUAACACAGCCAGCGGCUGGCGCUACCAACAAUACGGGCAGCAAUAGACCCAAGAGUACGGCAACUAAAACAAAGAAAUCAAAUGAUACUGGCGGAGAAACGGAAACUAAAGCAAAGAAAACACGUAAACCUUCCACAAAAGCAGCUACUACAAGUACAAAUCAAAAUAAAAAGACUGUAAGCUCAAGUAUACGUUCUUAUUUUACAGCAGCUCCUCAACAAACUGCCGACGAAAUUGCCGCCUCCGAAUUGCAAGACAUGCCAAUUGAUGCCUUUUUCGAUAGUAAUGAUGGAUUCGAUGAUCUUUUACUAUCGGCCGAAGCUAAUAUACCGUCCAGCCGAGCGAUUCCAACUACUACGACAACAACAACAACAUCGCAAACACGACAAGAAACCGUAUUAAGCGAUGAUUUAGCAGCUGCAUUUAAUGAUGACGAUGAUGAUUUAUUUGCUGAUUUUCAAUGGGGUUCUGGAAAUAAAAACUCCAAUGAACAGAAUACUCGUACAUUAAAUAACCCAACAACGUUAUCGUCCGCUUCGACUAGAGGCAAUGCACUUAUAGAUACGAGUUUUAGCGAGUGGCUGCAGGAUGAAAAUGACCCUGAUGAAGAUGCCUAUGUAUGGGGUAGUGCUGCCAAAAAUGCUAGACUUUCUGAAACUGGACCAGCUGCUAAAAAACCAAAAUUACAAAAUUCAGCAACAACAAGUGAAGAUAAUUUUUCCUGGGGUUCAACUAGUCGCAUGAAUAUAGAAGAAACUAACGUUGAUGUUAAAUGCACAGGAUGCCAUCAGCCAGCUAAAGAGUUAUCGGUUAAAAAGGAUGGCCCUAAUAAGGGUAGAAUGUUUUUUGUAUGUUCUAAGAGUAAUCCUUGUAAGUUUUUCCAGUGGUCAGAUGAAAUUGAACAAAACCAGCAAACUAAUACACAAAGCAGAGCUGAUACUAACACUUUCAACCACACCAGCAAUUGGGGUUCUAGUACUAAUAGUAGGGCAAACACUACCAGCUCUAGCAGGGAUAGGGAAGCUGACACUACCAACGCUAGCACCAGCAAUUGGGGUUCUAGUGGCAGUAGUAGGCCAAGCACUGCUAGUACUAGCAAUAAUUGGGGCUCUAGAGAUGCGGACAUACCAGAUAAUAAUGAACAAAUUAAUUGUAAUUGCAAUAAACCUGCCAGUAGCUUAACCGUGCGAAAAGAAGGUCCUAAUAAGGGACGAGAUUUUUAUGCUUGUGCAAAUCGUGACAAAUCCUGCGGUUUCUUUCAAUGGGCCUAUCAAACCGAAAGUGCUGAACAAUCUAGGUUUGAUACUACUACCACCAGCAGCAGUAGCAUUAGGGGUUCUAGUAGUAAUAGUAGGGCUAAUACUGCAAAUAGCACUAGUAGUUGGGGUUCUAGAGACACGGAUGUACCCGACAAUGCCGAACAGGUUAAUUGUAAUUGCAGUAAACCGGCCAAUAGCUUGACUGUACGAAAAGAUGGCCCCAACAAAGGAAGAGGAUUUUAUGCCUGUGCUAAUCGUGACAAAUCUUGUGGUUUCUUUCAAUGGGCCGAUCAACCUGAAGAUGACAGUCAACGUUCUUGGGGCAGCAGUUCAUCAGCAUCAGCCAGCAGCAAUUUUAAACCAGUAGCAAAUUCUUCAGCAGCUAACGCUCCAAAAGGCCGAAAAUGUGGUUUGUGUCGCCAGGAGGGACAUACGCGUCAAAAAUGUCCUCGCAAAGGAGAAUUUGAAUUUUAAGUUUAUUUGUUUUUACUGUAUGUAUUUGUAAACAUAUCUUUUGAAUUAUGUUCUGUUUGUAAAAAAGAAAAGUUAAUAAAAUUACAUAUAAGUUUUGUUAUAUGAAA